AUGGUUUGGAGUCAACAAGAAAUCCAUACUUUAAUUAAACUAAGACAAAACACAAAUCAAUUAUACUGGAAUAUACUUGAACGUUUGAGACGUGCAUAUUGGAAUAAUAUUGCAAACCGACUGAAUAAUAUUUGUAAUUCUAAUUACGUGGGAAACCAAUGUAAACGUAAAUUUAAUAAUUUAGUUACUGUAUAUAAAAAUAUAGACCGUUAUGAAGCUAAUGAUCAAAGGAGAAAGAGAAUUCAAGCAUAUAGAAUAUUUUUUAAUGAACUUAAAACACGUUUCUGGGAAGGACCUCCUGAUCAACAUGAUGUUGCAAUGGAUACGCCCACCAUUACACAAAGAAGAAGAAACGUAAGAGCACGAAGAAGAAGAAAAGAAAGAAGAGGAAACAGUGAAAAUAAUAGAUAG